AUGGACGAGACGGUAAUACUCUCGUACCGAUUCCAUGACCUUUUGGCUUGCAAGGAUUAUUAUUGUGGUAAUGUUUCUACUGUUUCAAGUGCAAAUCAAUCAUCUGCUUCUAUUGGUUGUUCUGUUAAUUCAGCACUCCUAGUUUAUGUAGAUGAUGUUCUACUGGCUAGUGAUAGUUUACUAGAGAUUGAAUUGCUAAAAAAUUUCUUACAUGACAAGUUCACAAUUAAAGAUUUGGGGGAACUCAAAUACUUCCUUGGCUUGGAAGUGGUGAGGUCUAAAAAUGGCAUAUCAAUCUGUCAAAGAAAGUAUGCCUUAGACAUACUUCAAGACACUGGAAUUCUUGGUGCUAAACCUGUUGUCUUGCCAAUGGAGUCGAAUCUUAAACUUACUACAACAGAUUCUGAUUUCUAUGAAGAUCCUUCAGCUUAUAAAAGGAUGGUUGGAAGAUUAUUGUGCCUUACAAUCACUAGACCUGACCUUGCAUAUUCAGUUCAAGUUCUAAGUCAAUUCAUUGACAAACCAGCUGUUAGUCAUUACCAAGCAACUAUUAAAGUACUCAGAUAUCUAAAAGCUACAUCAAGACAAUGUCUAUUCUUCUCUUCUUCAUCAGAAAUGCAGCUAAAGGCCUUUUCAGACAGUGACUGGGCAGGGUAUGUUGAUACUAGAAGAAGUGUAACAGGUUUUGCUAUUUUCCUAGGCAAUUCAUUAAUCUUAUGGAAAAGUAAAAAGCAAGCUACUAUUAGCAGGUCUUCUGCAGAAGCAGAAUACAGAGCCCUUGCUUCAACAACAUGUGAGAUCCAGUGGCUCCUCUAUGCCUUGCAAGACUUAAACAUUAGCCACCAAUAG